AAAGGGAGAAAAGCUUUUAAGUCCCAGGUGACUGCAAGCCUGCCUCUAUAAUUAGCCUUUUAAGUGGGAGCCAGUCACAGUUUUGAGGAUGAGGUGAAGGUGAUCCCUGCUAGGAGCAAAGUUCACUGGACUGAUCCCACAUCACAACACUUCUCUCUCCAAAGUGACACACACACCCAGCCUUGAGCUAUCCAGACCAAUGGGCGCUUGCCCCAGAAAAAUCAAGUGUUGAGCACUUCAGGUGACGAGUCCUCCUCCUCGCAAGGUUGAGGUUAGAAAUGAAAUACUGUUUGUAUUCUGUUAUCUCAGGGGCUGAGCAGAACUGUACCAGCUGCUGGCUCUGCUUACCAUGCAGUCACCAAGUCAGCUGGCAUGGAGGAAAGGAUUCCUAGGAGACAGGGUGUAUCCCACUCUGUCAUGCCAUGAAGAGCUUGCCCAACUUUGCAGCAUCAUUUCUCCCAGCAUGAUUUCAAUGUGAGCUAGCAGAAUUCCAUAUUAUGCUGUUCCUGUUUUACCUGUGUGCAAUGCUCAGCCAAAGAACGCUGGCUGGAGGGUGGCAGAACUCUCCAAGGGCGAGAUCUGGGAAGGGAGAAGGUGAAUGUAGAGCUCUGUUUUUCUCCAGAGAGCUCCAAUUCCUGGUUAAACAGAGAGUUGCUUCUAAAGCAGAUCAGAGCAGGGUUGUUUUGCAGAUCUGGCUGGAGAUGUUUAUCCCUCAGGCAGGGAAAUGCUGGACGCAAAACCCAUAUCCCAGGAAGGGAAGAAAGGCCGUUUCUGUUCAAUCCCUCUUUAGCGAGGCUGUUUUGUAAAACACAGCCAUUAAUUCCCUGCAAUAGGAAGUGCAGACCAAAGGAGCAUAGAGUGUUUAUUUCCAGUUAUUGAUAUUUCUAAGAACACCACAAACAGCAUUCCCCCUUCUGUUCUGAAGAUGCAAGCAGUAACAGGAAACUAAAGCUCCCAUUACGCUCCAUCAGGAGAAGGCAUUUCCUGUGCAGACAGGUACUCCAGAGCCAGCCUGACAGAAGCUCCUGGGUAUACUGGCUCACAGACCACACACAGCUCAUUCCCAGCCCCAUAAAAAAGAGAAAGACAUGGGUCCUAAUGCUCCUUAUGAGGUCCUGAAUCUGCACUGAUCUUAGCCCUGCACAUGCACUCUGCCCUGCAGCCCUGUUGCAGACAGUGGGGUACAGGUUUCAAGUGCAUCCCGCUGCACCAACAUCUUCCAGCAGAAAGUUGGUGUCUUCUUCCUCCUCAUGAUCGGGGCAGAUCCACACUAGUAUCACAGCCAAAGGGUAUCACCCAUGCUUCUAUUUUAGCCCAAGAGAUGCUGAGGUGGUUCCCUGCUCCUGAGCAGCUGGUGCAAACCCAGAGAAGUGUUUGCUCUUCUCUUUCGAGACUUCUCUCUCCAGGAAUGACUGUACACAGCCUGCUGAUGGGAAGCUGCUUAGAGACUAGGGGUGGCUGCACUCAACAUUCUCUGUGACAGAAGUAUCCCAGUUCUGAUUUUUAACAGCUGUGGAGAAGCAGAAAUUUUUUAUGUGUAGCCCUGGGCGAUGGUUGAAACCACACCUAAUAGUCAGCACAGGCUGGUUUCCUGGCAGACACCACAACCCAGGUGCUCCUCAUCAGCACAGAGAUUAAUCUCUCAGCUGAGAAGAGGAUUUAAGCAGCAUUUCAACACCCUGCUGAAGGUUUUCUCCCCUGAGUACCCUACAGUGACCAGCUCACUGCCAUCUGCAGGAUGGGGCCACCUCAGGUCAUGCACUCUGCUCCCCUUACCCAGGGCAGCACUUCCUGCACAGCCCAGCUGUUCUUUCUUUUCUGGUAUCCCUUAAACAAUAGGGACAAUAAGGUGCUUGGAAGCUGUGAUGGGACACAAUGUCCUCAGGCAGCUCGGGUGGACCCAUGCUCUGUGAGGGGCCUCCAGCUGAUAUGCACCCAGCAAAGCCUGCUGCUGCUGCUGUUAUUCUGUUGUCCAGCCCUUCACAUGCAAAUUGGCAUUCCUGAAGCAGAACCUGGGACUUGUCAUAGCCAGGGCUAUGUCUGCCCCUGCAGGACACCAGCCUCUCACUGGGGUUCUUCCAUGAGGCAGAAAAAGCACAAGUGCCCCCCAAUGACCACCAUCUUGCACCACAGAAAAGGAGAGAUCCUGACUCUUAGAUUAAAAGCCGGGUGGUGUUAAGGCAUUGUUGUGUUCUUCCAGGAUCUGGCUCAAUUCUCCCCUGGUUGGGAACUGGCAGCAUUCAGCACACCACUAAAUCCACUGCCUGAGGUGUCUCAGUCUUGGUUACUGCCAAGUUUCCCCCUGUGCCAAGGGUUCAGGCACCCACUUGCCCAGAGGUGUUUAUUCACCCUGCCAGGAUGAACGGGUCAUACCACGAUUUUUCAGCAGUAAUUGCUGUUAGGGAGAAAGAGACAAGGAAUUUCUACCCACCUCCUGGGUGAGGAGAAAUUGUUUACCUUCUUGGACAGGGAAUUGCCUGCACAGCUUCACAGCAAAGCCCUGUCUGGCUUGGCACAGCAGUCACAGCACAGUGAGAGCUUGGCUCUUACAAGCUUGUCCUGAGCUCGGGGUGUACAUCCUGAUCCAACCAGGCAGAACAUGACGUUCUACAUUUGGCCGUAAAAUGAGCUGGAAACAUCCACAUGCCUGUAUCUGACACAGCUCUGAGGCCAGGAGGGAAUACACAUCCUGAGAGAUGCAGCAAGUGUCAUGGGAAAAGUCACUGUGCUCCCUCUGGACAUUUGACUUAAAUCUAUACAGCCAAAACUCUAGAGCUGGGCUCUUCCGCCACUAAAAAUAAAUGAGAAAGGCCAAGAAGUCAUCAGAUUUGAGGUCAAAUCACAACUGGCCACAGCAGUAACUAAACUCUCACCACAGUGGGCUAACACCCAGGUGCAUGGCAAUCACUCUGCUUGCUGCCUGUGCUGGUCCCACUCAUGCUGAGCCCUCAAAGUGGACAGAGAUGGACAGAUGAUACGGCAACUUGACACAGCAGGAGAGGCAGGGAAUGGCAGAGCCUUGCACGCACUUCAGAAAAUGUGAGGACAUUUCCUCCAAGUGCCCCUCUUGCUUCAGGAGUUCUUGUGAAGGGAGCAAAGCUGGGACUGGAAACCAGCCCACCUUGUACAGAGCAGAUGUCUUGACUCUUGCCAGCAAGGAGUCCCCCUGCCAUCAUCCUACAGCCUGCACCUCGGAGGCCUUGCUGCUCUACUGGCAGCGUUGCCCACAGAGGGGCUGGUUCCUCCAUCAGCUUCCUUCAGGCUGAGGACCCGAGGGCUGCACCUGCCCAAAAAAAUGGUCACCACCACCAAGGUGGCUGAGUGGUCCCCGCUGUCCUGCCGGGGACGCUGUGGAUGUACAGAUGCUCCCUGACUGCACGUGAGCUCCUUAACCAAGAUGAGAGCCCAGGCUAUUGAUGGAGAUUAGCUGCUCUCCACAGGCACUUCAAGCAUUUCCUCUGUGCUCUGCCCAUUGUUUGUAAAACAAACAGCCCUCCCUGGCCCAGAAAGAUGCUUCUUACAGAGCCCCAGAGCUCAUUCACCCUGGGACAGAGCCUGAAAACACUUUUUCUGCAGCUUGCAGGGAACUGACAGCCUGUGUUAUGUCAAAAAUAGCAGCUGGAAAGGAGUUCCCAUUGUUAGAUGUAGUUGCUUUUCUGCCACAGCAAUGUGCGCAGCAGAGCCUCUGGCGUCCUCGAUGAGGAUAUAAUUUGGCAUCUCUUCCUGACACCCCUCCUGCACCAGGCACCCCUUCUGUGCCCAGCCUCAGCUGGCAUGUCCCAGCCCACCCACUUGUCCCUCAGUGAUUCCUGGAUGGCCACUCACAGCUGAGGGCUAGCAGCUCCUCAACAAUCUGCCUUUGCUGUUCACACACACAAACAAAUAAAAACCACACAGCAAGCAGAGCAGUAGGUUUUUUGCUAAAAUCAAGGGGCCUACAGUUAUGUGACUAAAGGCAAAAAUCAGCUGGACAUGAAGCACCGUGGGCUGUGUCCUGGUGCUUGGGAGUGCCUGGAUGCCCAGACCAUGAACACACAAAGCCAUGUACCACAGGCUGAAGCUCAUGUGGGUGUCAGCCUGGCUCCCAGGCAGCACUGCACUGCCCUGCCACAGCCCAGGUCACACACAGACUGGGGAUGCUCCCCAAGAGGACAAACCCAAGCAAAAGCUGAACACUGUUCACUCUCACCAGCUAUUGCAAGUCUGAAAAUAAACCAACUCCAGUCUCCUAAGUUGCUGGUAAAGUACUUUCCCUUCAAAAUUACUUUAUAUGGAAAAAGGGAAACCUUCCAUAAGCAAUGGACAUCCAGUCAUGUUAGCUGGCAUGGCCUCAGCUGCUCCCUCCCACAUCAGUGCCCUGUGAGAGGCAGCAGCCAGACGGGAAGUGUGGGCAGCUCCCAGCCUUCCCCACUCCCAAAGAAAGCAGCCUGCAGCUUUCUGGCAGAUGUACAGAUGUACAAACCUCCUCUGUUACCUUCUUCUGAAGGCAUCUCUCGUCCUCCCGAAGCCUGUCUUUGAGGAGACUAAGGAGUCACAGAAGGAAGCGAGUGUUGGAUGCCGUGUCUGUUUGGACGUUCCCCCCAGACUUCAGCAGGCCCUGGAAAGGCUGCAAACACGAACACACUUUAUCCCAAGCCCUGCAGACUUGAGCCUGAGUCAGCUCACUGAGGAAGGACCCUGAGCCACCAUCACUGUGCCAUGGAGCAACUCCUGCUUUCCACAGCACUGGGCCCAGCGUGGUGCACACCACUGCCACUGGAAAUCCCAGCCCUGCUGUUCUACCCUGGGUUGGGAACGCUGCUUUCAGAGACCUUGAGCAUGACCUUCGUAUCACAGAAUCACAGAAUGGUGUGGGUUGAAAGGGACCUUAAAGAUCAUCUACUUCCAUGAGCUAAAGCCUGGAAAGAAUGUGAAAACGGAGACAGAAAAAAGGCAUGGCAGCAUUUCUGCAUGGAAAAGCAAGCAGGGCUUUCAAAAAUCCGACCUGAUUAGACUUGUUACGUGGUAAUCUCCUAUUUAGCUCUAACCUCAGUCAACCUCAGCCCAACAAAGGAUUAAACACAUUUUGUAAAACACAGCAUGCCUUUCCAGCAACAGAAAAAACAAACAUAGGGUGGAAUUUGCUGAUCAGUAGUCAUUCCUUCCUAGUGGAUUUGGGUAUGCUGUGAUGAUUAAGAAUGAAGAUGCAGGUGAAAUACAGGAUCCUCCUGAGCAGUGAAGCUUUUGCAUAGUCCCUGACAUACUGUUGCUCUCUAGGACUCUGACAAGUAAUAUAUUAAACAACUUCCAUAGUAGCUUUUAGCACAGUAACCAUAAAAACUCAAGCUCCAAUGAACCAAAACCUUUUCAAAUAGUGGAAUGCCUUUUAAGGAGGAAUUUAUGACCUGUGCUACAACAGUGGAAGUCCCCAAAGUUACACAUGAAUUUUAAAUCACCGGUAUUUUUGAACACUGAGAGCAAUGAACAGCAGUGUUGAGGAGUCAGUCAUGAAGCACAAGAGUCCAGGAAGGCUGGAUGUGUUUUAGAAAAGGAAUUGUUAAAUAUUCAAGAGCAGACUGCCCCCAGUGUACAACGACCAGGGAAAAAGACCAGCCUCAUUAAACAGAGAACCUGGGCUGGAAUUCAGGAAAAAGAAGGAGAAUCCAUCACCUCUGGAAGAAGGGUCAGGUAACACGGGAGGACUAUAAGGAUGUUGUGAGGUCAUGUAAGGAGAAAAUUAGAAAGGCCAAACCCCAACUAGAAUUUGAUUUGGCUGCUACAGUUAAAGGCAAUAAAAAAGUUUCUAUAAAUACAUUGCCAGCAAAAAAGGAGGGUCAAGGAGUGUCUCCACCACUGGUUGAAUGCAGAGGGUAGUGUAGUGACAGGGGAUGAGAAAAAGGCAGAGGCACUUAAUGCCUUCUUUGUCUUAAAUAUCAAGGCCAGUUGUCCUCAGGAUACCAAGCUCUCAGAGCUGGAAGCUGGUGAUGGGGAGAUGAGCAAAGCUCCCAUAAUCCAUGAGGAAAUGAUCAGUGACCUGCUGUGCCAGUUGGACACUCACAAGUCUGUGGGCCCUGAUGGGAUCCACCCCAGAGUGCUCUGCCACAGGAUCUCAGGAUGCAGCACAACAAUGCUGGAAAGAUCCAGCUACAAAAGCAAUGUUUUCUUUUGCAGUGGAAGCCAGCAGGUAGCAGGCCACCGCUGCAAGACCCCCAUUCCCACCUCAUGAAGAAACUCAAACCAGAUUCCCAGGAGAAUCAGGGAACUUGGUUCAUUUCCAACCAAGAUAACUUAGCAAAAACUUCUCUAAAUCUUUCCCCAGCAAAGACAAAACCACUCAAGAAAUGUGUAUAUUCUUCUAAGUCCCUUAAAAUCCAGAAAAGGAAGAAUGGAAGGAAAGAACUAAAGCAAUCUGAGCCUCUUGUUAACAAAUUUAGAAGAAUUUCUUGCAAAAUGUGCCUGGCUAUGAACUAUGCUUUGUGGUGUCUAGAGUUGGGGGGCCUUUGUACUUAAGGCAGCUGUUUCAGGAGAAGAUGAGCUAAUCUCAGUGAUAACAGCAGUCUGCCAUUUCCCACAAGCUUUUUUUCCCAAACUCCUGGUUUUGCUCUACUCUGGUGGUGGAUUAAAAAAAUAAAACAAACCACCCUCAAAACUAUGAUAUUUCUGGCAAAGCCUCAACAGCUGAAUUUGGAUGGAAUGAGCCAACAGAUGUGAUUCAUGUUUCUUGUUUUGAAAUUGACCUGUGGGAACCUGGCACUUCUUUGUUUGCAGCACAGAUGAACCUUUAUGGAACAGUGAAGCAUCAGCAAGGCAAAACCACUGAUGGGGUAAAUUGGCAGGAAUUUGGAGGGGAGCUAUAUCUGCCCCUGGGGCUGCCAGUCUCCACAAGAGCCUGGCAGUCACAAUCCUACAUCCAUCAGCCUGUUUUUUUAAACCCUGUGGACAGCCAAGAAACCUCAUACCCACAUUCUUCUGUGCCCCAGAGCUGGUGUGUGGCACCUUAGCAAAAAAAAAAAAACCUUCCAUGAGGGAUGGAAGCCAAAAAGAUACCUCUAUGAGGGGACAGCACAGCUCCAGUGACUGGGAUCUCCUUGCUGGUGAGAUUUAGACAAGUUUAAUGCUGGUUACAGUCACUUGUAAAAGAAUCUCUUCUGGUUCUGUUGUUUAUCUGUGGGAGGGAUCCUGUGAGCCCUCAUAAUCAUAAGAAAAAGCCUUGCAUGUUCCCAGUGCUGGAAAAACACUUCCAUGGAGCCACAGAGUUUUAAACCACAUUCAGAUGAAUAGAAAUAAGGCAAACUGCUUGGCAAACCAGCAAAUUUACCCUUCAGACAGAGAGGCCCUGAGUUUCUACCCCCAGGAGGUCUUUGCAGGUAGGUACAAAGCAGCACCAGUUCCCCUGAGAGUGAAACACUGUCCUCUGAAGUCUGCUGAGAGCUGCUUUGUGGUACACUGCAUUUGAGCAAGUAUAAGAGUUUGGCUUCCACCAAGAGAGAAGGGAGCAUAACACAAAGAGAAAGUCUUGACUGACAACAGCAAAACAACCUGAACACCCCAACUCUGUUGGAACAAGCAUUAGGGACUUCAAACCACAUAAAGAGGGAAUUUGCCAGUAUUUCCAGCAGUCAUGCCUCUCAAAGCAGGUAUCUGCUGGUAGCUAAUGAUAAGAAAGACUCGGGUAUUUGUCCCUUCCUGCAUUGGUUAGGCAACAAGUAAGUGCCUGGUAUUUUUCAGCUCAGAGAUCAUCAUCAGGAAUCCUGAUAGCUGCUUUUUUUUUUUAUGGGGGUUGGUGCUUUGAGGUUAUUUUUCUGCCUGGCUUGAGCUGAGCCACGCAAGCCUAAUUCUUUAUGCCAGCUGGUUUUGCAUGGCAGUGGGUACCACAGUCCUCCUGCCCCAAGUCCUAGCUGGCUGCAAACAGCCUCAGUGUGUGCACUGCAAAUUGAAUUUCAGCCUACAUUCCUGAAGCCACCAACCCCUUAAGAGGCACAUCUGAACAUCUGUGCACAGCUGUGUGACAGCAGUGACAGAGGGCAGCUCCCCAGCUGUCAGAGCAGCCUCCCCUCCUGCCAAAGGGCCACCAGAGGAGGCACCCCAGACUGCCUGUACCUGCCCCACCAGCAGGCUUCUGCUUUUCGUCUGGACCUGCCCUGCCUGCAAGACCUGGAGGCAGACUGAGCUGCAUUUUCAUAGGCAGAGAGCAAACAGACAAUCUAUUUAAAGGCAAUGUUGGAAAGCAGAUGGAAAACCUCACAGCAUCCACUUCCUGCAUCCUCAGCACUGCAAUUAGCUCCAAAGAGGCUGCUGGGACACGCAGAUAGAGAUGGGGUGCAGGUAGUGGUGCCCUAACAGGGAGCAGGGGAAACCCAGGUCCAGCUCUGAGCACAAGUGUGAGGGCAAAGCAGCAGCCCAGCCAGUAGGGAGCACUAUGGCAUCACUGCCUGCUCCCCCAGAGCAAAAAGGCAGGCAGCUUUUUCUGCUGGCACAGCACCAAGAGCAGGCAGGCAGCUUCAAGGACUUGGCAAUCAAGUAGGAUGCCUUUUUCCAGACAUCCCCAACAGUCCUGCCCGCAUAAAACCCACUCCAGAAAGGACCAGCUGGAACCCUCCAUCUGCCAAGUGCAGGUAGAGCAAAGAUUAUUUCCAUCCUUCUAAACUCUUCUCACCUGUGUCCUCCUUUGCCCUCCAGCAGGAAGUUUUGGCUGCUGCAGAAUUACCUUUUUCUGCAUGGCUUCAUGAUUUCUGUACAAAACACAGACAUCACAUCUGAGAGGUCUGGGAAACAAUCAAGGACAAGGUCAAGGCAAAUUCUGCAGGGCUGAGAACGUGCUCAUUCCUUUUGCUAUUUAAUAUCAAAGAAAGAUCCAACAGGAUGUGCAAAACAAGUCUUCCCCCUCCAGCUCUGUUUGAACAAAAAAAAAUUUAAAAAUCCCAAGAGCAAUCAAACACAAUUAGGACUCACUGCUGAAAACAUGUUUCUGGAUCCCUUCUUGGAUAUUAUCUUGAAAGGCUUCUCUCUCUUGGACUGAAAGGACGUGUGAGGGCACGCAGACACCUCAGAGCCCAACUACCACAAGCAGGAAGCCCAAGUGCUCUUUCACCCAAGGACUUCUUUCUGUGCAAAAACUGUCACAAAAAUGACUGAUCCUGCCUGUUUGUGGUCUCCCUGUGCUGGAUCCCACCCUAGAUAGUUCCUUAAGGAGAUCGCAUCUGUUUGUGGUAGGAAAUGGCAAAAAAAAAAAGAACUUCCACUAUUUGACUACCACAAUAUUCAGGUCCUUCUAGAAACCUAGAAAAGUGUCAUCUCCUCUCUGGAGAGAUACUGGAAAAGGCUCUAUCCUGUCAGGCUGAAGGGAUGGAUGUUCUUUCCUGUCAGUGUUUCCAUGUGAAGAUUAAACUCCCUGCCCUUCCCACCCAAUGCUACUAACUGCCGGGAGGCCCUGAGGGAUAGAGAAAUACUUCCAGCUGUCUAGCAUGGUUGUUGGAUGAGUUCCUGCCUCUGCUGCAAGCCACAGAGCAGUGCAUAUCACCAGAAAGCCCAUGGCACAAGGAAAGUUCAUGCAGCUGAGGGAAAUCUCUGAAGGGUCAUUUGUGACACCACUGCUGACCAGCCCACGUCCACCCUGCUCCCUUCCCUGACAUGCUGGGUCAGAGCUCUCCCAGCAGCAGAAGCCAAAAGAAGAAUGGGUCCCCUGAACGACGGAGGAGAGAACAUUUUGCCAGUUGCUCUGCACCACAUGCUCCGGUGAAAUUCCUGAACAGGUUGCUGUUGCCUGCAGAGGUGUCUUGCUGCAGAUCUGCACACCUGAAGAGACCUUCUCCAAGGAAGGGAUGCAGUUUGUGCAUGGAAUGGCUGUCCCACUCUGAGACCCCAUGUUUGCAUUGACCUCAUCAAACUCUGUCUCCAUAGUCUGGAUCAAAGCCCCACCAGUCAAACCAGCAUCCAGCAUGGGACAGACACCAGGAAGUGCAGCCAAGGGUGGGAACAGUAUCUUACAAGUAUCAAUACCUGCUUUGCAAUGAACUCUCAUAUUACUUUGGGCAAGACAAGUGAGAACACAGCCUUCUUCUCAAGUGCACACCUGAAGCAUGACAUCUUUCAAACCCAUCGGCUCACUUGUCUGGGCUGGCAGAGCCAAGAAGCAGCACGCAUUUUAGGACUCCUGGGGCCACUGGGCAGGGAAGGCUCUUUCCAAAUACUAGAUACAGGCAAAGACUGAGGCCAUUCUGAUCUCAGCCCACAUUGCCCCGAAGGAUGAAAAUCCUUCCCUCCAAGAGUUAAUACUGUACCACACUGUUUCUGGCUAAUAUGUAAGCCUAAUGCUUUGGACAAGGUUUGUGAAAAGCCACACAGGGCAUCUAAUGGGCAACAUCAAAGUGCAUAACCCAAUCCUCACCCAGUCUUUCAUGCCUGCCUUGGGAGUUUCAGAAACAUUUUUUUGCAAAAUACUUGGCCUCAGUUAUGAGAAGCAAGAGAAGGAGGAGGUGGAGGUUGUGACCUGCAGAUACUGUGUUUAUGAGAACACUCCUCCACCAAAACAGCACUGGCGCUCAAUGAGAUGUUUAGUAUAUGGUUUGCAUGCUAUGUCUUACUUCUGCCCUUCCAGCAAAAACUACUUUUAGAGGUCAGAAUUUCUAGUAGAGGCUCCACAGCAGAACAAUUUCUUCCUUGAGCACCAUCCCUAAGAAAAAGCUUGGGAUGAAUCAAGCUCCUGGUUGAAAAUGCUGAAGUGCAAACCGCUAUGUGCCCUGUUUGUUUCCAUUUAGAACCAAAGCAAGCCAGUGAAUGCUGGCUCUUAAUUUCUGUGGCUUUCACAUCCAUUUAAUCAUUUCCUUUUCUCUCUGCUUGCAACCAUCCCGGGCAGAACACUCCCCUGGACACCUCACCCCUUUUGUUCCAUCUCACAGCAGCCCAAAUUGCAAGCUUCAGGCAAAGUACGAAAAGUGAGGGAGUGUAGUUCCAGCACCGCUGGAAGCCAGCAGUGAGUGCUCAAGUUCCUCUGCGUUUCUGCGCCUGGUCCGAAGUAUUACUCCAAGUUUAGGCAGCGCCAUCCGACUGGGACUCUCCAGUCCAUUUAAGAGAGCGCACAGUCGCAGAGGAAUGAGGAGGUGCGCUGCUCAAACCAUGAUGCAACACAUAAGCUCAUUCUCUCCCCUAACGGGAAGCUUUCUGAACACUGGGCUAAAGCUUCAGGAAACUGCCCCCAGACAAGGCUGGUGAAAGAACUGGAAAACCGAAUUAUUGCUCAAAUAGCAUGUGGGGACCAGCAUGCCAUGGCACUGUCCAGAGGGGGCGAGCUCUUCACCUGGGGCCAGAACACCCACGGACAGCUUGGAGUGGGGAGCCAAAUUGCACUUACUCCUGAACCACAGCUGGUGGAAAGACUAAAGGGCAUCCCACUUGCUCAAAUUGCUGCUGGAGGAGCUCACAGCACCAGUGUGUCACUCUCAGGAGCUGUGUACUCCUGGGGAAAGAACAGUUUUGGACAGCUUGGACUCGGAGACACAAAAGACAGGGACUGCCCAACAUAUGUUGGAGCUUUAGAGCACUGGAAGACUGUACUUAUCUCAUGCGGGGCAGAUCAUACUGCAGUUCUCUCCAAGGAGGGGCUGGUGUGCACCUUUGGAGCAGGAGGGUCUGGCCAGCUGGGUCACAACUCCACCCAGAAUGAACUCCUGCCUCGUGUGGUGGCUGAGCUGCGGGGAGCAAAGGUUUCACACAUUGUCUGUGGCAGACAACACACCCUGGUCUAUGUCCGUUCCUUGGACAAAUUCUACUUCUUUGGUUCUGGUGAGGAAGGACAACUGGAAGACGAGAGAAAGCCCAAUCAGUUGAUACCAAUUCCCAUCGAUUCACCAGUGAAUACUGGAAAAUCCUGCCAGAGAACGGGUGCAUCAGGAAAGGGGAUUAAAGUUGCUGCAGGAGUACACCAAAGUUUUGCCCGUUGCAAGGAGGGGAACAAGAAUUCACAUUUGAAUGGAAUUGCCACUCUGGAGGAUAAAGAAGUGGAUGCAUGGAUUUCUAAAUCUGGAUGUAGUGAGAGUAUAAAAAGGAAUAUCAGACUGAUCUUUUCAUCUGAGGCUUGCAUCAAUGGAAGCUUCCUGGACAAAAGAGACAAACAUUUCAAAACUUCCAAAGAAAUCUCAGGCAUAGACAUGUCAGAAGUGAAACGUUUUUAUGAGAAGAUCAGUAAAAACCAAACAGUCUACCAGGAGGUGCAUAAGGAGAUUAGAAACUUACUGCCAUCAUUGUCUUCCUCCCCCAUCUCACCUGAAAAUUUCAGAGUCUACUUGAUCUUGCCUUUCCUUCUGAGGGGGGAGGAUAAAGAAUCUAUCCUUUCCCUGAUUAUUCUGGCUGAAGCCAUCAUGAAGCUCCAGCCAGAGGGCCUGCAAACUCUUGAAUGCCUAUGGUCAAAUCUAGAAACAUCCUUUUUCAAGGAGCUGGUCAUUCUGUAUCAGACGGCUUCCCAGGAAAUUCUGUCGUCAUUUGUCCAGAAGUUCAUGGCCACAGGGCCAAGCCACCUCUUCAGCCUGGACCCAGUUGAGACUGGGCCUCUGCAAAUACUGCAGAUGCUUUACCAGGUGAACUCCAGAACUGGUUUUGGAGUACAUGAAAGCAUCUUCCAUGUACACGGAGUGCGACAGAUUAUCAACAUAUGUUCAAGCUUCAAUGCAGUAACAGUCCUACAGAAGCUGAGCAAGUACCCAUGCAUCUUUGACAGGGAAAACAAGAUAGGCCUUCAUAUUGCAGAAUGCGAGGCUCUGGCCAAGAUCUCUACUACACCCUUUAUAUGGACCCCUGAGGAAUGGAAUUUUUGCGUCAGAAGACAAUGCCUUCUCCAAGACAUAUGGAAAAAUUUAAAAUCUGCCUCAAACCAAGAUUUCAGGAGGAUGCUAAAGGUGUCUUUUGUGGGUGAGGUGGGAGUGGAUGAAGGUGCAGUAUCCCAGGAGCUCUUCAGUGUUGCGGCCAGGACCCUCUGCCAGCCCACUGCCAGCAUCUUCUGCCACUUCCCCUCCGGCCUCGUGUGGUUCCCCAGACAGGCCCCGAGCCGUGGGAAUGCGGACAUCUUCCUCUUGAUAGGUACACUGUGUGGAAUGGCCCUGUUUAACCAGCGCACAGUGCCCUUCCCCUUCCCCAGGGCUCUCUACAAAAAGCUACUGGACCUGGCCCCCACCCUAGAGGACCUUGAGGAUCUGCUGCCAACCGUGGGCCGGAAUCUUCGGAAAAUUUUGAAUGGAGAAACUGAUAGCUUGGACUUGGACUUCACGACAAUGGAAGGAGAAGAUUCCACGGAUGUUGUUGAACUUAAAAAAAACGGUGCUAACAUUCCUGUCACUAAGGAUAACAGGAAAGAAUAUGUUGAUUUGUAUGUGAAUUAUAAGUUUAAUAAAUCAGUACAGAAGCCAUUCGAGGACUUUAUGCGAGGGUUCUUAAGAGGUUGCCCAGCUAGAUAUUGGAAGAUGCUUUUGCCUGAAGAGCUGCAGGUUCUUCUCCAGGGACACACAACUUAUGACUGGCAUCUGCUGGAAAAGAAUGUGAUAUACGCAGGGUAUACCGAGUCAGAUCAAACCAUCAGGAAUUUUUGGACUGUGUUUUAUGAGCUACCAGAAGAAAAAAAGAAAAUGUUUCUUGUUUUUUUGUCAGGAUCUGAUCGAAUCUCUGGCUAUGGACUAGAACCUUUUAGAUUUUGCAUUGCAGAUCGUCCAGUAGAAAAUCCAGAUGAGAGCUCUCCCUGUGCCGUUACUUGCCGCCCGACUUUGCUCCUCCCCAGAUACAGCAGUAAAAAAAUACUCAAAAAGAAGUUGCUUUAUGCCAUAGAGCAUAAUGAAGGUUUUGGCCGUGACUAACUCUGGGAUAGAAGCACUUAAAAGCAAAAAUAAGAAUACGAGUCUUUAUUCACUUGCCAUAUUUUCUCUUAAUAACUCCAAUUUACUAGUUUCUACCCUGCCUUAUUUUUACUACACUUUAUAAACACCUGAGUGUGUGUAUUUGCUGAGAUUUUACAUUGCUUAUAAAACUGAGCUUCGACUAGAUAUUUCAUAGUUAGAUUGUAAAGUUAGGAAAGAAGUAUCCUGUUUGGCACACUUCAGAGAAGCAAGCUGAUAACCAAGCAUAUUUACAUAUUUAUGUGCAGGCAGGGUCUGCACUGUUCUGGUUGUGUCAGGACAGUGAGCUCAAGCAGCAGGGAUUCUGUGGUUUGUACAUUUAUGCAUUAGCAAGCACACAACCAGGAUGUGCUAAGCAGUCACCCUUUCAAAGCAAAGCUGGGGUAAGGUUUUCAUCUGUGUUACUUAAGGGUUCUCAUGGGAGCAACUAACACAUUUAAUGAGAUUGUGAAUUGAAGGAGCAGUCUGUGCUCACCUGCAUAUGGUCUAUGAUUUAUCUGAGAGAAAUUCAUAGGAGGAUUUGAUUAUUCCUAGAGUUUUUCAAAAGCUGUAUUAAUGAAUUAUAAUAAUACAAUUUUUUGUUAUUUAGUAUGAUAAUUGUGAUAUUUGUCAUGGCUUGCAGAACAGCACUGUCUACAGAGUCCUGUGGACAUGAGGCUGGCAGGGCUUCAGGAAUCUCAUUGUCAAAACAGCACAGAGCACUGGCAGGAUAUUAACCAUGUCAGGCAGGAUGUGUGGUUACUGUGUAUUUUGCUCUGUGGAGAGAGAGAGAAACAACAGCCAUUAAUUUUCAGCAGUCUUCUGUUUGGUGCAUUAAAUGUGUCAGGGAACAUCUAUAUGUAAAGAAUUCCACUGUCUUAAA